UACUUUCAAGUUUCAACCUAAUUGAGCAGCGAAAAUCCUCUGAUACUGUUGUUUUCCUGAAACUAUGACAACCAUGUCAACCUCAUCCUCUUCCCAAAGCCUCAAAAUUGGCAUUGUUGGAUUCGGCAACUUUGGCCAGUUUCUGGCCAAGACAAUGAUUAAACAAGGCCACACUCUCACAGCAACUUCUCGAUCUGAUUACUCUCAACUUUGUCUCCAAAUGGGGAUCCAUUUUUUCAGGGAUGUCAGCGCAUUCCUCGCCGCAGACAUAGAUGUUAUAGUGUUGUGCACAUCGAUAUUAUCGCUAUCCGAGGUUGUAGGGUCAAUGCCACUCACUUCCCUGAAGCGACCAACGCUCUUUGUUGAUGUUCUUUCUGUGAAAGAGCACCCAAGAGAGCUUCUACUACGAGAGUUGCCAGAGGAUUCAGACAUACUCUGCACGCACCCAAUGUUUGGUCCUCAGACUGCCAAUAAUGGAUGGGCAGAUCACACUUUCAUGUAUGACAAAGUUCGGAUAAGAGACGAAGCUACUUGCUCUAGUUUCAUCCAAAUCUUUGCUACUGAGGGUUGCAAGAUGGUACAGAUGUCCUGUGAGGAACAUGACAGAGCGGCUGCUAAGAGCCAAUUUAUCACACACACAAUUGGCAGGACAUUGGGAGAAAUGGAUAUUCAAUCCACACCUAUUGACACUAAGGGCUUUGAGACACUUGUUAAAUUGAAGGAGACUAUGAUGAGAAAUAGUUUUGAUUUGUACAGUGGAUUAUUCGUGUAUAACAGAUUCGCCAGACAAGAGUUGGAAAACCUUGAACAUGCCUUUUACAAAGUCAAAGAAACGCUGAUGAUACAAAGGUCGAAUGGGGAGCAGGGUCAUAAAAGAACCGAAAGUUGAUGCAUAUAUAUUUUAUAAGAUAUUUUCUUUAAUUAUCAAAUUCCUCCUGUAGUUCCAAUCAUAAAUUACUCACAUUUCGGUUUUCUAGUACCAAAUUGAAGUUCAAACAACAAACCAAAGAGACUGGUUUAUGUUCAAUCGCUUGCGAUAAAAAUGUUCCCGGGUUCUUAUCCCGAGCAUAUUA